CGUCUCUCGAUCUGACUCCCUCCUCCGCUGCUACCUAGUGUCUAUUGAAGGCUUCAGAUGGCACAGAAGGUGGUGCUCCGGAUUCCCACCAUGACCGACGACAAGAUCAAGCAGAAAGCCAUGGAGGCCGUCGCGGACAUCUACGGUAUCGACUCGAUAGCUGCGGACCUGAAGGACAACAAGAUGACCAUCAUCGGCGACAUGGACACGGUGGCCAUAGCCAAGAAGCUCAAGAAGCUCGGCAAGAUCGACAUCGUCUCGGUCGGCCCCGCCAAGGAGGAGAAAAAGCCAGCGCCGGCAGAGAAGAAGGGCGAUGAGAAGAAGGAUGCUAAGAAGGACGAGAAGAAGCCGGCGGAGAAGAAAGAUGACAAGAAGGAGGACAAGAAGUGAAAGCAACAAACUAGAGGCGAAAGAAAAACCCAACAUCGUCACGCAAACGGCAAAAAAAGAUGUCUUUGACAUCUUGAGGCUCUAAUUUUCUCAGUCAAGAUAGGCAGUCUCCACUUUGAAAUGAGAUCACUUUGCGGACUGUACAUAUAUAAUAGAGCUCUACAGAAACCAUAUCACAUCAGUGUACGCAUACAUACACGCCUCCAGCUUUGUCUGAUUGAUGAAAUGGCACCUACUCAGCCGAUGAGCCAAUAGAUAUUCCGGGACUGCUUGCCAUUUUUUCAGACAAUGAAGACCACGUCAGACCGAAAUCUCAAUAGUUAAUUAUGUACA